AUGCUUCCCCGUACAGCCCUUUCUCGUGCUCCACCACCGCCGUCAUCAGAGCCCCCUUCAUCGGCAGACAAACGCACAGAAAGGCGUAGCACCCCGGAGGUUGCGUCACCGCCAGAAACCUGGCUCACCCGUUAUAUUCGCAACAACCCCGGCGCGCAGGAGGUCUUUUUCCGCGUCCUCGGCCUCAUGGGCUACGGCAGCGCAAAACAGUACGCGGGCAGGAGAGCGUUCAUCAUGUACCGCGACCUCUGCAUUCCGCGCGCAGACGACGAGCAGGCAUUUUGGAAAGAUGAGAUGAGCUUCCCACCGACAUUCCAGUCCUGGUUCACGAUCACGAACCUUCACGUCUGGCUGCUCACCGUUCGCCUCCGCGCCCUCCCACCUCCGCAUGGCACCCACUACGUCCAGGCACUCAUCGACCACUUCUUCCUCGACAUCGAGGACCGCAUCCGCGCCGUCCUCCAGCCCUUCGAGCCUGGCAGGCUCACCCCCGCCAAUCUCGGCUUCCCAUACACAUCGCGCACCGACUUCUACACUGUCGCCAACGCCGACAAGAUCUCCCCCUUCGCCCGUGGUCGCGCACCAGAGGGCCUCGUCACCCGGCAGAUGAAGAUCUUCAAAGAGCAGUGGGCAGGCAUGGGCAUGUCCUUCGACCUUGGCCUCGUCCGCUCCGACCCCGAGCUCGCCGCCGCCGUCUGGCGCAAUAUGCUGGGCGCGCGUGGCGCGCGCGGGAUCGUCUACCCCGAGGACGGGUCCGAGCAGCCGUACUUCCGCCGGACGGUCAACCUCGCGGGUGGCGAGAUGGAAAAGUUCGACCGGGUGGAGAAGGCGGGGCUCGCGGAGGAAGAGGCGCGCGACGACGGUUCGGGCGUGCACGACUUUGCACCCGCGGACGCGUACAAGUACGUCGCCUACCCGGAGCUGAUGGAGACGAUGGUCGAGUACAUGCGCGCCGAGGUCGACCGGCUCGCGAAGAUCCCCGACCAUGUGUUCAUCGGCGCUGGCAAGAUUGGGACGGAGAGCGACGGCAUGGACGAGAUGGUGUUUGGAGCGAUCCGACGGGUUGGGUCGUCCUCAUCGGCACCACCAUUGGUGUAG